AUGCGGCUCAAGAAUCGGAUCGCCGCCCGGUCCAUGGACGACACAGAGAUCAACGAGGUUCGAGCUAGGAGCGGACACGAGAUGAAGCGGAACCUCUCCUGGUGGGAUCUCAUCUGGUUCGGCAUCGGUGCUGUCAUCGGCGCCGGCAUCUUCGUCCUCACCGGCCAGGAGGCCCGCAACGCCGCGGGCCCUGCGGUGAUCCUCUCCUUCGUCGUCUCCGGCGUCUCCUCCAUGCUGUCUGUCUUCUGCUACACCGAGUUCGCGGUGGAGAUCCCUGUCGCAGGUGGCUCCUUCGCCUACCUACGCGUCGAGCUGGGCGACUUCGUGGCCUUCAUCGCUGCCGGCAACAUCCUCCUCGAGUACGUGGUCAGCUGCGCCGCGGUCGCCCGCUCCUGGACGUCCUACUUCGCCACCCUCCUCAACCACCAACCCGACGACUUCCGCAUCCACAUCGCCUCGCUCUCCCCCGACUACAGCCGCCUCGACCCCAUCGCCGUCGUCGUUAUCGUCGCCAUCUGCCUCGCCGCUGUCUUCUCUACCAAGGCCACCUCUCGGUUCAACUACGUGUCCUCCAUCAUCCACCUGGCCAUCAUCGUCUUCAUCAUCGCCGCCGGCCUCUCCAGGGCCGACCCCAAGAACCUCUCCGACUUCAUGCCCUUCGGCGCUCGUGGGCUCUUCUCGGCCUCCGCCGUGCUCUUCUUCGCCUACGUCGGCUUCGACGCGGUGUCCACUAUGGCGGAAGAGACCAAGAACCCCGCCAAGGACAUCCCGCUCGGCCUCGUCGGUGCGAUGUGCAUCACCACCCUCUGCUACUGCCUCCUGGCGUUCACCCUCUGCCUCAUGCAGCCGUACUCGCAGAUCGACCCCAACGCGCCCUUCUCGGUCGCGUUCGAGGCCGUCGGUAUGGACUGGGCCAAGUACAUCGUCGCCUUCGGCGCACUCAAAGGCAUGACGACCGUCCUGCUGGUGUCGGCCGUCGGCCAAGCUCGGUACCUCACCCACAUCGCUCGCACGCACAUGGUGCCGCCAUGGUUCGCUCAAGUCCACGCCACCACCGGCACCCCCAUCAACGCCACCGUCGCCAUGCUCGUAGCCACAGCCACCAUCGCCCUCUUUACCGAGCUCAGCAUCCUCUCCAAUCUCCUCUCCAUCUCGACGCUCUUCAUCUUCAUGCUGGUGGCGGUGGCUCUCCUCGUCCGGCGAUACUACGUCAACGGCGAAACCUCCGCGACCGAGCGGAACAAACUGAUAGUUUGCAUCGUGCUCAUCCUGGGCUCCUCGGUGGGGGCUGCCGGGUACUGGGCGGCGGGUGUCGACGGGUGGGUGGGGUACGUGGUGGCGAUACCCGUAUGGUUCCUCUCGACGGGGUUCCUGUGGCUGGGGGUGCCACAGGCGAAGAAGCCGAAGAUGUGGGGGGUGCCGAUGGUGCCGUGGUUACCGUCGGCGUCCAUCGCCAUCAAUAUCUUCCUGCUAGGCUCGAUCGACGGGCUGUCGUAUAUGAGGUUUGGCAUCUGGACGGCGCUGCUGCUCGUCUACUAUUUCUUUUUGGGGCUGCAUGCAUCAUAUGACACCGCCAAGGCUGCCGCUGCCGCUGCCGCUGCCGCCGCCGCCGCCGCUGCCACCGCGGAAGGUGCAAAUCGUAGGUAG